AAGGGAGACUUCAUAGCGCUGGACCUCGGGGGGUCUAACUUCCGGAUCCUGCGAGUCAAAGUGACGCGGGACAAGAAGCAGCCGGUUCAGAUGGAGAGCCAGGUGUACGAGACCCCUGAUGACAUCAUCCAUGGGAAUGGGACUCAGCUUUUUGGCCAUGUCGCAGAUUGUCUGGCUGAUUUCAUGGAAAAGCAAAAAAUCAAGGAUAAAAAGCUUCCUGUCGGAUUCACCUUCUCUUUCCCCUGCGCCCAAAGCAAACUGGACGAGGCAGUUUUAGUUACUUGGACAAAGAAGUUUAAAGCCAGUGGCGUUGAAGGCAUGGACGUGGUGAAGCUUCUGAACAAGGCCAUCAAGAAACGAGGGGAUUAUGACGCCGACAUCAUGGCGGUGGUUAACGACACAACUGGCACCAUGAUGACCUGCGGAUUUGACGACCAGCGUUGUGAAGUGGGCAUCAUCAUCGGGACGGGAACGAACGCCUGCUACAUGGAGGAGCUGCGUCACAUCGACCUGGUGGAGGGAGACGAAGGCCGGAUGUGCGUCAACACCGAGUGGGGGGCCUUCGGGGAUGACGGGUCCCUGGAGGACAUUCGCACAGAGUUUGACCGUGAGAUCGACAGAGGUUCUAUCAACCCAGGAAAGCAGCUGUUUGAGAAGAUGGCCAGUGGGAUGUACAUGGGGGAGCUGGUCCGACUCAUUCUGGUCAAGAUGGCCAAAGAGGGCCUGCUGUUUGAGGGUCGGAUAACCCCCGAGCUCCUGACAAAAGGAAAAAUCGAGACCAAACACGUCUCCGCCAUCGAAAAGACUAAAGAAGGACUGAAGAAAUGCAUGGAGACCCUGACGAGGCUCGGGGUGGAGCCCUCAGAUGAAGACUGCCUGGCCGUGCAGCACGUGUGCACCAUCGUGUCUUUCCGUUCAGCAAAUCUGAUUGCAUCCACGCUGGGAGGCAUCCUCUCUCGCCUAAAGGAAAACAAAGGAGUCGUUCGCCUCCGCACCACCGUGGGCAUCGACGGGUCUCUGUACAAGAUGCACCCGCAAUACGCUCGCCGCCUGCACAAGACGGUGCGUCGCCUGGUCCCGGACUCCGACGUGCGCUUCCUGCUGUCUGAGAGUGGGAGUGCGAAAGGUGCUGCCAUGGUGACGGCGGUGGCGUACCGGCUGACGGAGCAGUCGCGCCAGAUCCAGCAGACGUUGGCGGAAUUCCGGCUGAGCAAAGCCCAGCUGCUGGAGGUGAAGAAACGCAUGAGGGUGGAGAUCGAGAGAGGCCUGAAGAAGGACAGCCACCGGGAAGCUGCGGUCAAAAUGUUGCCUACCUUUGUCCGGAGCACACCAGAUGGAUCAGAGAACGGAGAUUUCCUCGCUCUGGACCUUGGAGGGACAAACUUCCGUGUACUUCUGGUGAAGAUUCGCAGCGGGAAGAGACGAUCAGUGGAGAUGCACAACAAAAUCUACUCCAUCCCCAUAGAGGUCAUGCAGGGAACUGGAGAAGAGCUCUUCGACCACAUUGUGCACUGCAUCUCCGACUUCCUGGACUACAUGGGAAUGAAAAGUGCUCGACUGCCGCUCGGCUUCACCUUCUCCUUCCCCUGCCAUCAGACCAGCUUGGACGCAGGGAUUCUCGUAACCUGGACCAAAGGCUUCAAGGCCACAGACUGCGAGGGCGAGGAUGUGGUGGAGCUUCUUCGGGAAGCAAUAAAGAGGAAAGAGGUAAUGUGAGACUUUUAUUGCAUCUGCAUCAACACAGACAACAACACAGUGUGUGCACUGAUAUUCACUGUGACGUUAAUGUGCUGCCACAGCAAAACCAUUAUUCCCACUGA